AUGGUCUGUACGACCUCGUCCAGCUGUAUUGAAGGGUUCAAGAGCAAGGAGUCUGAGCAUGUCACCAGUCACAAUGUGGAUUCUGGUUUUGUGAUCUACGCCAGACGCUACUCUACCCACUGGAACGCCAUUGUCGAGUCUGCUACCUCCAAGGUGGUCAGGAACAGCUCGUUAAUCUACUCGAGCGCGGAGCUGGGAAGUCUUAGACAAUUCCUGGGAGUACAGGAUCGUCCUCUACAGUUCAUCCUUGACUCUCGCAGCCAUACCUUGGUCGAGGGCUCUUUUGAAUGGUUCAACAAUGCCCUUUACGACUUCACGGUUGGAAAUUCUCCGGUUAUGCUCAUGGCUGGCGGCCCUGGAGCUGGAAAGAGUGCAAUGGCACAGUGGACUGUGGAGCGCUUGCAGGAAUCGGCCGAACAUGAUAGUUGGAAUGUCAUUCCCUACACUAUUCGUGCUGAUAUCCCGGUCGCGACGCUCCCUCUGCGAAUUCUCAAGGGUGUUCUGCAUCAAAUGCUAGAUCACUGUGUCAGUGACAAGCAUACACAGGAAGCUAUUCUUGUCCAGGUCGCCCGUGCUGCCCAAUCUGCCAUGGAUGGCGCUACCGAGUUGGAGGUUGAAGACAGUCUCUGGAAGGGAAUUCGCGCUGGACUGGCUUCAAAUAUCCAGUACAUGUUUGUCGUGGACGGUCUCGACCAGAUUAAAGGCGGCGAUUCCGAUGCCAUUGCUUUCCUGGAGAAGUUUACAGUCGUUCUGUCCGAGCAGAAUGCCGGUUCAAAGAUGAUCGUCUUCACUCGUCCUCUCAGCUCUCAGCUCAGUACUAGAAACAUUGGCCAGUUCACGAUCCAGAGCGCCCAGACUCAGACUGACCUGUCGGCAUACGUCCAUAAAAUGCUCUCAUCUGGCUCCCAUUUCGAAGACUCGAAGAACAGCCAGCUUAAGUCUGCUGUAUCGGCCAUUGUCGCCCGCUCCCAGGGAUCCUUCAGCUGGGCUGAAAUGGCAGUUGCUCAUGCUAGACAGCAGAGAGGUCCGACACAGGCACUUUCCUCCAUCCAAAGUUUACCUCGGACUAUGCCAGAGCUGCUAGACUUCCACAUGAAGAGUCUAGACCUGAGUCAGAUUGAGACAAAGUCUAUCAUGGCCUGGCUUGCAGCUGCUGAGAGACCGUUACUGGUAGAGGAAAUCGAACAGCUCAUGGCUGUCGAUGCAAAGGGACCAAGCUUCGUGUCGCAUACUUCCCAUGCCGACUCUGGAUGGUCUGCCGCCCUUAGACCUCUCGUGAUGACUCGCGAUGGUGUUGUCUCUUUUGCUCAUACGUGUAUUCGCGACCAUGUAAUCAAGCAGGCCAGAUCUGCUGGUGCCAAGUCGCCGCUUAGCCUCAAGGAGGCCCAUCAUGAUCUCCUGACCAGGUGUCUUGCUUGGGUCCAGUUGAGUGUACGUGAAGAGAGCGAAAUCUCAAUGGACAAGUUGAGCAUGGAUGAGCGAAACCGUUUGUUCGACAAGUACGCCGUACUGGAGUACACUGGACGUUAUUGGCUGUCGCAUCUUCUGUCGUCACCUCUAGUCACAGACGCUGGCGAAUUCCAAUUCACUGCCAACUUCAAGAGGCUUCUUCCAGUGACUGUACUAUUUGCUCGUCUCGAGCUUACGUGCAAGGAGUCGCAGUUCACUCGGUCCAGUGUUCUUGAAUUAUAUCGUCUCUCGACCGAUAUUCGACGCCUGGUUCUGGGUGAUAAGUCGAUGGCACUCCUACAGAGUCUGCUACUUAGCGCUCGUGUUUCCAAGUUGGCACAUGCUAGCCACGCAGAAGAACACUGUUAUGAUGCCUGGAGACUCAGCCAAGAGCUUCUGGGACAAUCUGACAGCAUCACUUUGGCCUGUGCUGAGAUGAUGACACAGUCAUUUACCGAGAGCGGAACUAUGACUACCCAGCAGGAGGAUAUCAUGAAGUACCUAAUUCUGACCGACACGGAGAUCACUGGCGUUGAAUUUAACCAGCGACUGAAGUACCUCGGAAUGAUUGUUGAUAUAUACAAGACGCGCGGCGACAAUCACGCUGCUCUUCUGAUCUCCCGGCAGUUCUACCAGCAGAUCCUCCAAAAGUAUGGUUCUAGCUCCAGACAGUCGUAUGAGACUGCGGACUUCCUCACUGCUCAGUUCUCGAGCACUGGAAGUGACGAAAUGAGUCGCGAAAUCGCACGUACCAAGUACGACAAUGUGGUUCGUACCAUGGACAUAACCGAUGAACGCCGCAUCAAGUACGCUCUGUAUAUGGCUCAGCUCUACGAGUCACAGGGUGAGAAGGCACAGGCCCAAGAGAUUUUGUCAAAUCUUUGGGCUGGUCUCAACUCCCGUGACAUCGAUUCUGUCGAUAUGAUGGACAAGAAGGCCAAUGUCGCUCUCGUCUACUACCAAUUCCUGCGUCGCCAAGGCCGCAAUGAUGAGGCUGAGGUCAUUAUUCGUGAAUUGGUCGCUGAUCUAGAGGUCACUGGUAUUCACUCCAAGGAGAUGCUGAAGCGCGUGCAGUUGCUUCGCGCCGAGACCCGCGAAAUGCACAUGUACAGUUUGGAUCAGUCUUUGUCUAUCCUGAUGUGGAAUUAUUACAAGGAAAGCAAUCAGGAGUAUUCUCCCGAGGCCGUCGAACUUGCUAUGUCGCUGGCCGAGGAAAUGGCAAAUGCCGUAUCUAUCGAAGACAGCACUCCUCUAUCUGGUCGUGACCGCAAGCUGAUGGUGGAACUGUUGGAUUCUAUUACCUCGUCACCCAGCAAUCUCUCCGUCUCCACCCUCAUUCUCUGCCACAACCUCUCGAGUAUCUAUGUGCGUGAAGAGGACUGGUCCGAGGCUAGUGAUUGCUCAAAGGCCGUCCUGCAGCACGUAUGGCCUACCGUCGAGCAGGCCGGAUCCCACAAGCAGUUCACGACUGAGCUGGCACCUCCCGUGGCUGAUCUGGCCUUGGUCCUGGCAUACAGCCAUUUCCGCAGACUUCAUCUGGACCAAGCCACUAUCGUGUACGAUAAUGCUUUUGGAUCGCUCGUUGCCUCUGAAAGAGUUCCCGUGCCUUCGGUUCUGGCCGUGGCCAAGGCUGUUGUUGAAUUCUACGAGACGACCUUCCAGUUCACCAAGGCAUUGACCCUGCUUCAUUCAGUUAGCAAUUUCCUCACCAGUCGUCUGGGUGAAACCCACAAGCAUACCAUCGAGAAUCUAUACCUGGAAGCUGCCUUGGCGAACCGUCUGGAGAUGAACCAUGAAGCCAAGAGUACCUACCAGCGCAUCUACAAUUCAAGUCUUCGUGGCAGUACCAUUGCCCCAGAAGGAAUGGAAGCAGCACUUGCUCUCAUUGUCUUGUACGAGAAAGAGUUACAGUGGGAGUCUGCUCUUGAUGUCUACCGCCACGUCUGGCCUACCCUUGUCAUACAUGAACAAAUGACCGCCUACGACAGGAUGCAGACCGAGAAAUUGAUCGAAAAGACAUACCUGGGCUAUAUGACUAUUCUGACAGCACGCACGAAGAGUACCGACUCCUUCUCCGAGCAGUACAAGGUGGCAUCUGAGUACGUGACGACCUGUGAAACCGCCUACGGACCCACGCAUCAAAAGACUCUCAGUGCAACCCUGCUCUUCGCCGAACUAUGCGAGUCCAACGACUCAUACAUAGACGAAGCUAUCUCGCUGUACAAAAAGCCCCUACAGACCAGCGAAUGGGUUCCGACUUCGCAAUCUGCAAAGGGUCUUGAUCAAAUGACACAGCCUCUGCCCAUCACACUGAAGCACAAGCUGGCUCAGUUAUUCGUUCGCAAGCGUGAUUCUACAAGCGAAGCCCGCUCCUUGUAUACCGAAGAGUAUCAACUUGCGAAGAAGACCCAGGGAUUCUUCUCAACAACCACUCUCUCCUGGCUCCGCGAGCUUGCUCUAGCUCACUCGCGCCAGGGAACGCCUACCUCCGUGCAACAGGGCAACGCCCUUCUCCACACAUACGUGACAGACGUCCUCCACGCCGGCGGCGAAACCGACAUGAUGGCCGAUUGGGCCCGCAAGAUCGCCGCAAUCUACCUGGAAUGCGGCUUCAUUGAUGGCGGCAACAACGUCCUAGACGAACUGCGCCACCGCGUCGUCUACGGAUCCGAAACAAACGCCAUGGCCCUGGGUGACCGUCGCGACGCAGUCUUCGUAGCAGCAUUCGAAGAAGCAUUCGGCCGCCGCGCCAGCUACUCGCAAAUCAUGAGCGAAAUGACCCGCGAGAUGCAGACCCAACAGUCCUUUUCGAAGAACCUGUCCGGACACGACUUCGUCCCGACGCUCGUUUCCGGAGACCGUCUGGCUCGGCUGCAGAUGCAGCAGAAUCGUACUCGUGCGGCGAAGGAGACCAAUAGUAAAUUGUACGAGUACUUCUGUGCCACGCUUUCAGCUACCAGUAUCGCGGACAGAAGUAUCGUGCAGCAGUUCUAUGGCAUCUGUCUUCGUGAAGUCCACAGCGAGAACUACAGCAUGAACAUUCUCACAACAACGACCAGCCUGGUCCGAGACCUUUGCAACGAGUCUCAUUUCCAAGACGCAAGCGACGUCACGGGCGUCCUGCACUCAUUCCUCCAUCUCACGGACGGUCUAAACAGCUACGAGAGUAUCCUGACAGCAACACAGCUCUGCCUCUAUCUGAGCGGCCACAAGGCCACCCGCUGCCAGAACACAACCAUGUACAACGAAAUGUCCGUAAAAUCAAAGCUCCUCCUCCAAGAGCUGAUGGCCGCGUCAAAAUCACUCGGCAUCGAGAUUGUCGACCUCCCAUUCACCCAGCUAAACGAUAUAAUCACCCUCCUGGGCGAGUACGAAAUGUUCGACGACCUCGAAGCCAUCCUCUCCCAGCUCUGGACAUCGCGCAUCGUCCAACGAACCUGGACCCCGGACGUCGUUGUCUGGAUUGGCCGCCGCCUCGUCGAAACGCGCUUCUGCCGCGGCGCUAUCGACGAGUCUAUCCAGCUUGCCCGUGAUAUCUGCUACAACCUGCGUCAAGUCUGGGGCAGUUGUGACCCCGUCACGCUGGAAAUGACGAAACUGCUCUCGGGACUGUACACCGCGUCCAACGACCACCAGUCUGCCGCGACGCUGCACGAAGGCGUGCUGUACGAUUUGCUCAGCGACGUCGAUGCUAAGGAUCACCCGCGUGCGCCGGAUACGGCGACGCAGCAUAUGGAGCUUAUGCGGCGGGCGCAGGAACGUCUUGGCGGUGCGCAUACGUCGACUCGGGCUUCUGCGCAUGCGGAUUUGGUGGCGCAGGUUACUGAGCGGUUUGGAUUGGAUGGUGAGAAGAUUCGCGGGGUUGGGGAGGCGAAUGGUGGUGAGCAGUUUGGCGUCUGGGAGAAGCCUAGGCGGUUUAGUAUUGAUGUUGAGGAUUUGGAAGAUGAGCGUAUGAGUGAGAUGCAUCAUAAUCAUCUGCGUGAGUCUAGUGGGGCUGGGUUGAUGAAUGGUAGUGGGCAUGUGAGGAGGAUUUCGGUGCAGGCUUUGUGA